GCCAAGUAAAAACGUUUUAGGAGACCGCAUUAGAAAUCCACCAAGGCUGUACGUAGGCUGUACAAACACAAAAACCAAGUGCAUUGCUAAGAGUGAUUCGCACUGUAGUUGCAUGAGUGGGAGCCCUUGGGUGUCAGACUGUGGACAGGCGUGGCAGUGGGCUGGUCCAGGCGCACUGAGCGAUGAAAAACAUCAGGGUCCAUUGACUUGGUAUCAGCUGAGGCCCUGAAAUAGUCUGACAAAGGAACGCUGGCGUCGCAAGCCACUACUGACAGAUUUAUUGUAAUUAACCACAUCCUCCUAUUCUGAGGACGGCUUUGGGCCGUGGGUGUGCCGCACCCACACGGAAGACACGGUCCUGAGGAUGCGCUGAGUUCUCCCCACCCACCCACGGUUGUACACCCACUGCAAAACAGUAGAAGAUGAGCAAGUCCCCCACCCCCAAAGGCACCCCGGUGCAGCGCAGCCCCAGUGAUGGGGUCCCUGAAGGCCUCCAGUCUCCUCAGCAUUCCACACCUGGAUCUGGACCCCAGCAUAAGAAGCGCAUCUCCAGCCUCCUUCAGAGUCCGUCAUUCAGGGAGGAGCUGGAUGUGCUGAUCCAGGAACAGAUGAAGAAGGGUGGCAGCUCAUCCAACCUAUGGGCACUGAGACAGCUGGCUGAUUUCAUGGCCUCACAUGGCUCUCCGGCCGCCCUGCCUGUCUCCCCUUCUAACAUGAUGAUGGUGUCACCCAUCAAUGACCUGCAUGGCUGGGAGCCUGGCAGCAUGGUGAAGGGCGAGAGGUUGAUGCGCUGCAAGCUGGCCAGCGUCCACCGCCUGUUCGACCUCUUCGGCUGGGCCCAGAUCAGCCACACCCGUCUCACUCUGCGUGUUAGUAAAGAACAGGAACACUUCUUGGUGCUUCCAGACGGCCUGGCCUUCAGUGAGGUGACUGGAUCCAGUCUGGUAAAGGUGAAUAUCCUGGGCGAGGUGGUGGAGAAGGGCAGCACCAACCUGGGCGUGGACACAGAGAAGUUCAGCCUGCACUCGGCCAUCUACUCUGCCCGGCCAGAUGUCCGCUGUCUGCUUCACCUCCACACACCGGCCACGGCUGCGGUUUCAGCUAUGAAGUGCGGCCUCCUGCCUCUGUCCCACGAGGCUCUGCUGGUUGGUGAUGUGGCUUAUUACGACUACAAUGGAGUCAUGGAGGAGGAGGAGGACAGAGUGGAGCUCCAGAAGAACCUGGGGCCAACCUGUAAGGUUCUGGUGCUGAGGAAUCAUGGCAUUGUGGCUCUGGGGGAGUCUGUGGAGGAGGCCUUCUACACCAUCUACCACAUCCAGGCUGCCUGCCAGAUCCAGGUGUCAGCUUUGUGCUGUGCCGGUGGUGAACAGAACCUGAUUCUGCUGGACCGGACCAUCCAUAAACCCAACGUAGCCGGCACCGUGGGCUGGGCUGGCUCCACCUUUGGACCCCUGCACAAGAGCCGCAUCGGGGAGCAUGAGUUUGAAGCCCUCAUGAGAACUCUGGAUAACUUGGGCUACCGUACAGGCUACGCCUACCGCUUCCCUGUGCUGCUGGAGCGAUCGCGGACACGGAGAGAGGUGGAGGUGCCCGCAACCGCCACAGCUUUCCACCAGUUUGAUGACGACGGAGUCCACCCGGCUCUGAGGCAGCACCCCUUUGCCCAGCGCCAGCAGCAGGAGAGGACCCGAUGGCUCAACACCCCCAACACCUACCAAAAAGUCAGCCAGGAUCAAGCCAGCCCAGGACACCAGCGCAGCACUUGGUUGAAGACUGAAGAGGUGACACAAGCUGGCAGCACAUCCAUCAAGAUAGAGAACCCAAACCUGUUUGUGCCUCUUUUCACCAACCCUCAAGAGGUGAUCGAGACACGAAACAAGAUCCGACAGCAGAAUCGCCAGGACAUGAAGACAGCAGGACCACAGUCUCAGGUCCUCGCCAGCGUUAUAACAGUUGACAGUCCUCCGUCUCCAGUCAGCCCACCUCAAGUCCCACCAGAGCCAGAACCUCCCAACCCCUUCAACCAGCUGACAGACCAGGAGCUGGAGGAGUACCGCAAGGAGGUGCAGAGGAAACAGGAUGGAGGAACCAAUGGGGAGGAGGUGGCACAUGACAAGGAGUCUCCCCCCGCUACCUCUCCCACAAAGGGCCCUGCGCCCAGCCACCCUCCUCUCUCAGAAGAGGCAAAGACCGACUCUCCAGCCAUACAGAACGGAGGUGAGGAGGAGAAGCAGACGACAGAGGAACUGGAGAAAGGGAUGAAGGCUCUCUCAACCAACGACACCUCCUCCACACCUGCUGCUCCGCCCGCCAAACUACAAGGUGGCACCCCAGAGGGCUCACCCUCCAAGUCCCCGUCCAAGAAGAAGAAGAAGUUCAAGCCCCCGUCGUUCCUGAAAAAGAGCAAGAAGCAGAAGGAGAAAGCAGAAACCUGAGGCGUUCAGACACACCAGACCUCGGUGAAAUACUACUGUGAAACAUUUCUUAGUGUAUGACGGAGUAGCAGAUGAGUUAACCACAUCAGAUCUAUUCAAACAGUCAGUUAAGAUGUCAUUGACAGACAUGGUGUACUAAAUUGACUCUCAAAUGCUUUACUGUAACACUAGUACGCACUGAUUUGAUCUAUGUGGUGAUUCAUCUUAACGGGUUAAAAAAACACUGAUAAUUAUUUUCACAUACUAUUUGACCCAGGUCGGAUACAAACCAACAUUUUCACGCACUACUUCUUGUAGUGCACACACACACACACACACACACACACACACACACACACACA